CUUUUCUUCCUUGUACGUCCUCUUCCAAGUAGCAGCCAUAAGUCUUCUCUAAGCCAAUUAUUCUAUGAUCUUUACCAAAAUAAACUUUGAAGUGUUCAAAUUUGGACUAUUAUAAACUUCCUUGCAGAAAUUCAAAACAUUCAUCCUUCUCUCUACCUUUAAUUAUUUUCCAUCUUAUUCUCCAUGAAAAAGCUGCAAAUAAUAUGUUACAUAACCUUUUUAUAGUAACAUAGAAAAGUACUAGCACUAUUCCAAUGGUGAAGAUGUUUGAUUACUACAGAAUUAGUAGAACAAAUUUCCAUCUUUUCUCUGUACUCUCUUUUGCUUUGAUCCUUUCUAUUUUCAUAUUUAUUUCUGAUCUUUCAUCAUCCCAUUCAGUUUCUUUUGUCUCAAAAACUAGUUCCCAUCAGCCACUAAAGUCAACUUUUGUUCAAAGACCAUCUUUUUCAAAGAAGGAAAAAAUAAACCAUGAAGCAUAUAUAAUCAAAGAAGAACAAGAAGUUGAAGAUCAUGUGAAUUUGGUGCCUCCUUUUAAUCUCACAGUGGAACAAAGAAUUUCUUGGUUCAAGAAAAAUUUGCCUGAAUUUAGCAUAUUGAAGUCAACCAGAUUGUCAAGACAAUUCAAUAGCAGAGUAAACAAAUUCCUUAGUACAAAAAGUUGCAAAGUUCAGUUCUUCAUGACAUGGAUUUCCCCUGCUAGUUCUUUUGGGAGAAGGGAAUUUUUCGCAUUGGAGACUUUAUUCAAAUCUCAUCCGAAAGGGUGUUUGAUAAUUUUGUCGCGAACUUUGGAUACACCUCGUGGGGUUCGAAUUUUGAGGCCUUUGACUCAAUUGGGCUAUAAAGUUCUUGCUGUGAGCCCAGAGUUAUCUUUUCUGUUCAACAGCACGCCAGUUGAAUCUUGGUUUGAUGACCUAAAGAAUGGUAUAAAGGACCCUGGUGAAAUCCCAUUGGCUCAAAAUUUGUCCAAUUUGAUUAGGCUAGCGGUUCUGUACAAGUAUGGUGGUGUUUAUCUGGAUACAGAUUUCAUCAUCCUGAAGGAUUUUUCAAGAUUGAGGAAUUCAAUUGGCGCGCAAAGCGUAUCUGCAAAUGGGAAUUGGACAAGAUUGAAUAAUGCAGUGCUGAUUUUUGAUAAAAAGCAUCCCCUUCUUUACAAGUUUAUGGAGGAAUUUGCUUCAUCUUUUGAUGGAAAUAAGUGGGGACAAAAUGGACCAUACUUAGUUUCAAGAGUGGUGGAGAGAUUGACCUCCAAAGAAAAAAAUCAGUUCAACUUUACUGUGUUGAAACCAAUAGCAUUUUAUCCGGUUGAUUGGAUUCGAAUUACCGGGUUUUUUAUGAAGGUAAAUACAAGAACUCAUUCAAGAUGGAUAGAAGCAAAAUUGCUUCAACUAAGUGGUGAAACUUAUGGAGUGCACCUAUGGAACAAGCAGAGUAGUAGUAUGAAAAUUGAACAAGGAAGUAUCAUAGGGAGAUUGAUUUCUGAUCAUUGUUUAUUAUGUAAAGAUAUUUACAGUUCUUAACAGGAAUCCCACUUGUGAAUUCUUUAAUUUCAGAUUUGUAAAAAGUCAGGACACUCUUAUUUAUACACUCAAAACAAGUUCUUGAUCAUAAGCUUGAAUAAGCUCAAGCAAGAAGAACUUCUUUUCUUGUUUUUUCCUUUUUGGUCACUGUUCUGAUCAACUUUUGAUUUCAAUAAUAUCAGAUUGUUUCUUUCUC